AUGCUCAUUACGGAAACACACAAAGAUGUGCCCACAGAGGCAGGUGGUGACAUGAGGAUCUUCAUCUUCCACCCCUCCAUUCCAAACUACCCCAAAGCAAGGUUUCCUGGUGUCGUAGUCUUCUCUGAAAUUUACCAAGUGACUGGGCCGGUUGCUCGCUUUGCACGACAAAUCGCUUCCCAAGGCUACAUUGUCGCAGCGCCGUCUUCCUACCAUGAGUUUACCGGGCCUGAACCACUUGCAUACGAUGUCCCUGGUACUGACAAGGGCAAUGAAUGGAAAAUCACAAAGACGGUCCAAGCUUAUGACGAGGAUGCUUCUCUUUCGGUAGACACAUUACUUGCAAUGCCAACAUGCAACGGAAGAAUCGGAGCUACUGGCAUGUGUCUAGGAGGUCACUUGGCAUACCGUUGCGCUCUCGAUUCACGCGUCUCUGCAGCAAUUUGCUACUUUGCAACCGAUAUUCACAGCAGUACUCUGGGAAAGGGCAAAAAGGACGACUCGCUUGCUCGCUGUAAAGACAUCAAAGGCGAGCUUGUCAUGAUAUUCGGCAAGAUGGACACGCACGUACCACCAGCAGGCCGAGACCUGAUCAGAAAGUCACUGCAUGAGGCAGGCGUUACCUUUUCCUUUUACGAACCAGCCUGGGCGCAACAUGCUUUUAUCCGAGAUGAGCUUAGCAAGGGGCGCUACGAUGCUGCGUUGUCGGGGAUCUGUUUCGAGAUGCUCAAAGAGCUAUUUAAUCGCACAUUGCGCUCUGAUCGCGGACCGAGGUCUGGGGGCGACGUCGAGAUUGAGGACGUGUGCUAA